CGCGCGUGGGGUGGGGCCAGGUGGAGCAGGCGCCGCGGCUCUAGCGCCCGUGUUAUUGUUACAUUGUAUCGGGUUCGGGGUUACACUGGGCCCGCCCUUCCCCCUCGGGCGGAGAAGCUGGGUGCGGACCGGAGCCGCCCCACGGACUCGCUCAGGAUGCCGGAGCUAGAGAGUUCAAGGAAUUUCAAAGCACAUAAUAUUCAACUGCUGGGAAAGCUGUAUCUCUCACCCAUCCCUUACUGGUCAACAAAUCUGAGAAGCCGGACAAGCCUGAGAGCUGUGAUAAUGUCAAGGUUGUCGUCCGAUGCCGACCUUUCAAUGAAAGAGAGAAAGUAAUGUGUUACAAGAUGGCAGUUAAUGUUGAUGAAAUGAGGGGAACCAUUACUGUACAUAAAACAGACUCUUCCAAUGAACCUCCAAAGACAUUUACAUUUGAUACAGUUUUUGGACCAGAGAGUAAACAACUUGAUGUCUAUAACUUAACUGCGAGACCAAUUAUUGACUCUGUUCUGGAAGGAUAUAAUGGCACCAUCUUUGCAUAUGGACAGACUGGCACAGGCAAAACUUUUACCAUGGAAGGUGUACGAGCUGUUCCUGAACUUAGAGGAAUCAUCCCCAAUUCAUUUGCCCAUAUAUUUGGUCACAUUGCAAAGGCAGAGGGGGACACAAGAUUUUUGGUUCGAGUGUCUUACUUGGAAAUUUACAAUGAAGAAGUGCGGGACCUGCUCGGAAAAGACCAGACACAGAGACUAGAGGUUAAAGAGAGACCUGAUGUGGGAGUUUAUAUCAAAGAUCUUUCAGCUUAUGUUGUAAACAAUGCGGAUGAUAUGGACAGAAUCAUGACACUAGGCCACAAAAACCGUUCUGUUGGUGCCACUAAUAUGAAUGAGCACAGUUCUCGUUCCCAUGCCAUCUUCACUAUUACCAUUGAGUGCAGCGAGAAGGGUGUUGAUGGAAACAUGCAUGUUCGUAUGGGCAAGCUGCACCUUGUAGAUCUAGCUGGGUCAGAAAGGCAGACAAAAACUGGAGCCACUGGGCAACGACUAAAGGAAGCCACAAAAAUUAACCUUUCGCUUUCCACUCUUGGGAAUGUUAUUUCUGCAUUGGUGGAUGGCAAGAGCACUCACGUGCCCUAUCGUAACUCUAAAUUGACUCGACUUCUUCAGGAUUCCCUAGGGGGCAACUCAAAAACCAUGAUGUGUGCAAAUAUUGGUCCGGCAGACUAUAAUUAUGAUGAGACUAUCAGCACACUAAGAUAUGCCAACCGUGCCAAAAACAUCAAGAAUAAGGCCAGAAUUAAUGAAGAUCCCAAGGAUGCCUUGCUCCGUCAGUUUCAAAAAGAAAUUGAAGAACUUAAAAAAAAGCUGGAGGAAGGGGAAGAGAUAUCUGGCUCUGAUAUAAGUGGUUCUGAAGAUGAAGAUGAAGAUGAUGGGGAGGUUGGAGAGGAUGGGGAAAAGUGUAAAAAACGAAAGGGCAGUAGCAGCAGCAGUAGUUCAGACUCCACAUGCUCUGUCAUAGAGAAACCUCUGGAUAAGUCCUUCACUAAUCAAGCAGGCAAGAAGAAAGUUUCCCCAGAUAAAAUGGUAGAGAUGCAAGCCAAGAUCGAUGAAGAGAGAAAAGCACUUGAAACCAAGCUUGACAUGGAAGAGGAAGAGAGAAACAAAGCCAGGGCUGAACUGGAGAAGAGAGAGAAAGAUCUGCUCAAAGCCCAACAGGAACACCAGUCACUGCUGGAGAAGUUAUCAGCUCUGGAGAAGAAGGUGAUUGUGGGAGGUGUGGACUUGCUGGCAAAAGCUGAGGAGCAGGAGAAACUUCUAGAGGAAUCUAAUAUGGAGCUUGAAGAGCGAAGGAGAAGAGCCGAGCAGCUUCGCAAAGAGCUUGAGGAAAAAGAGCAAGAGCGCCUGGACAUUGAGGAGAAGUACACCAGCCUGCAGGAGGAGGCACAGGGCAAGACCAAGAAGCUGAAGAAAGUCUGGACAAUGCUAAUGGCUGCAAAAUCAGAGAUGGCAGAUCUGCAGCAGGAACAUCAGAGAGAGAUUGAAGGAUUGCUGGAGAAUAUUCGGCAGCUCAGCAGGGAGCUUCGUCUUCAAAUGCUCAUCAUAAAUAACUUCAUUCCUCAGGACUAUCAGGAAAUGAUUGAAAACUAUGUUCACUGGAAUGAAGACAUUGGAGAAUGGCAGUUGAAAUGUGUUGCAUAUACAGGGAACAACAUGAGAAAACAGACCCCAGUACCAGAUAAAAAGGAAAAAGAUCCCUUCGAGGUGGACCUUUCUUAUGUUUAUCUAGCUUACACAGAAGAGAGCCUGAGGCAGUCUUUGAUGAAGUUAGAGAGGCCUAGGACUUCAAAAGGAAGAUCAAGGCCUAAAACCAGUAGAAGAAAACGUUCAGCAAAGCCAGGAGCCGUAAUUGACUCUCUGCUUCAGUAGGUGUUAUGCAUUCAGCAUUCAGAGUAAAGAUUAAUGUGUGUUGUAAUGCUUUGCUAAAAUUCAUAGUUCAUUAGAAAAUAUUGAGGAACUGGCACAAUUUGACCAGAAGGGGCUACAAAACAAUGCGUCAUCAGUAAACAAAAAUGAACUUGUUUCUCUAAUUACCCUUAUACUGUAUGUUAUAUUAACAUAUGUUAAACCAAUAUAUAUGUUGUUGCAAAAUUGUCAAUGUAUUACACCACUUUUGUGUUGUGCAGGGAAACCAUUGGCAGUAACCCUUGUUGAAAUGAAAUGUAUAGAAAGCAAGAACUCUAGAUGUGUUUAAAUUUUAAAAAUAUUAGCGCAGUGGUUGGUAGACCCUGAACUUUAAAUCUUGAUAACUGUUUUAUGUCCUGCUUUGUACAUAAACUAGCAGUUUACACUGUUAUCCUGUGUUGCACUGUUAUAUGUUUUCAUGUGGUGAGUAUAAAUCCAUGAUGUAACUCAAUCUGAAUACUGAGCCCCCUUCCUUGGCUAUUUAAAUACUCCCUAAUAGUAGCUGUUGUUUGCAUUUCAUACAUUAAAUGACUGAUUGUCUUUCUGUUCCUUUAGUAACUGACAUAUGUAGACUUACUGUAUAUUGUUGCAUAAAGAGUGACUGUUCUGAAAAUCUAAACUGUACAAAUUCAAGAACACUGGGCAAGGGACAACGUUUUGUUUAGUUUCAGUACAAAUGAAAACAAAACUGUUUAGUUUCAUUUUA